GAUGGCGUGCUUGCUGGAGGCCCCUCUACGCAUCAGCGUGUUAUCUUCGAAAAUGAAGACGUGUGUACGAGCUUCAGCAUUUUUCCGCUCACUAUAUCAAUUCAAUCCUCAUCAUCGGACCAUGAGUUGGUCAUCGAGACAAGUCAGCUGCUGGAAAAGUCCAGAGUCUUCAGAUCGUCCGUCAGAGUCUCCUCGAAUCCUGAUCACGGGUGGUCUUGGGCAGCUCGGUGUUGGACUGGCACAAAUGCUGAGGCAGCAGUAUGGCCCAGAAAACGUGAUCCUGUCUGAUAUCAAGAAGCCUCCAGCAGAAGUGUUUGACAUGGGUCCCUUCGUGUAUGCUGAUGUACUGGAUUACAAGAACCUGCGAGAGCUGGUGGUGAAUAACUGCAUCACCUGGCUGGUGCAUUACAGCGCCAUGCUCAGUGCUGUGGGAGAAACCAACUUCCAACUGUCCAGAGCCAUCAACAUCACAGGGUUGCAUAACGUCUUAGACUUGGCUCUGGAGAACUCCAUGCGUCUUUUCGUACCCAGCACCAUUGGAGCAUUUGGCCCCUCCUCUCCCAGAGACCCCGCCCCUGAUCUCUGCAUCCAGAGGCCUCGCACCAUUUACGGCGUCUCCAAAGUCCACGCCGAGCUCAUGGGCGAGUAUCUCCACCAUAAAUACGGCUUGGAUUUCCGCUGUCUGCGUUAUCCUGGAAUUAUCUCAGCCUACACUCACCCCGGUGGAGGCACCACAGACUAUGCGGUCCAGAUUUUCCAUGAUGCUCUACACACUGGGCACCAUGAGUGCUACCUGCACCCACAGACACGCCUACCCAUGAUGCACAUCUUUGAUUGCCACCGGGCCACUGUCAAGUUCAUGCAGGCUCCUGAAAGUCAACUCUAUCUGCGUACCUACAACAUCGCCGCCAUUAGCUUCACACCCGAGGAAGUGGUGGAGGAAAUCCGUAAACACCUUCCUCACCUGAAGGUCACCUAUAAACCAGACCCGAUCCGCCAGAACAUCGCAGACAGCUGGCCGAUGCGGUUUGACGACUCUAAUGCUCGGAGAGAUUGGGGCUGGGAGCCGGCAUUUGGUCUUCCCGAGCUCGUCGCAGACAUGCUGAGUCACUUCCAGAACAGGAAAGCGAGCACAGACCUCGGAGUUAGUUAGCAGCCUCAUCACACCAUGCCGAUGUUGAUAACUUUCCUACAGUAGCACAACAUGGACUGUUUUAUUUCUUAGAAAAUGUAGAUCUCUGCUCAGGGUCACCAUUGUGUACAUUACAUUUGGAGGUUGUACCUUCAGAAGUCAAGGAGGAAACAUCUGCCUUCUUUCUUGGAUCAUGAAAGAAGGGAUUGGUUCUGUGUCAUGUAUUAACUGCUGAAUUUUAUUCAUGAAGUUUAUACACUCUAUGGCUUUUUAAACAUGUUAGAAGUAUCUAAACCCAAAUCAAAUCAUACUUUUAUGGAAAGAUGAAGAAGAAAGCAUUAAAGGUGAGAGAAGAGAGACCGGAGUCAUCUGGACCAUAUAUUCCUUGUAUGAUGGAACUUGAAACUGUACGAGACAACAUUAAAAUCUGAACGUAAAUCUAGGAUGCAACGUGAAGAAGGAAAAGGCAGGAUAGAGGAGAGAUGAAGAGGUGAAGUAUGUUUUGCGUCAGUACUGGGAACAUCCACAGCUGCCUGGGUUAAACAUGAAAGGUGCAGAAUAUUGGAAUAAUGAACGUGAGAAAUGACACGUGUAUGAGGCUUGAGGAGAGAUGAAGAUGUGACGUGAGUGAACUGCUUCACAAAGACAUGUAAGACAAAGGGUUUUGGAAAGCAUCGUGGGUUCAGAAUUAAAACAGCAGAGAAUGACCAGUUUGGAGAAUUUUCAUGGAGUAAUAAAAAAGGAGAGAAAAGGAAAGGUCUGUCUUUAUCCACUGCAUAUGAUUUUGACGUAGUUUUGAGUUGACACUUUGAAGGAGCAAUAAUAUAAAUGAAAGAUGAAAUAAAAAAGAAAUACACAAAUUAACAUCUCUCUUUAUGGACUGGGUGUGAUUUUGGAGGCCAUAGUGAGCCA